AUAAUUUUUGUCAGAUUAAAUACAAAGCAACCCGGAGCUUUAAUUCAUUGCAAAAAUUGAUCGAGCAUUCAACAGUCAAAAACAAAAGGACACGAAUGGAAUUAGCCUUGUUUUUAUCUUAGUGCACGCUAUCAAGGAAAUGUCAUAGAUGGAUUUCAGACCAUUUCUUCUCUUAUUGAUGAGUCCGGUGGUGUUCGGACAAACACCUGACCUUACUACUGCUUUCCAGCAGUACGUCGAUGCUUGCUCGCCCAAUCGUAUGUGUCCAACAAGUUCCAGAGUCCAUCCACCACUGAAAUAUAACAUCACCCUUCCCAGCGUUUGUCCACUGUGCGAUUGUGAUGAGAGAUGUAUUUUGAGAGGAACGUGUUGUCCGGAUCUACUUUUUUCUCGAAAAGUAGUUCCUAGCUGUGUGGAUGUGACCAUUAUUGGAGAUGACAAAAGAAAAUUUUAUAUGGUCCCAGCAUGUAGAGAGAAAGACUCUUGUACUGACACUUCCCUCGAAGUCAGAUUAAAAAAUGUUCCCGUGAGUUCCAUGGCGACUAGUUAUUCGUAUGAAACCAAGGCCCUCGCUGAAAAAUACGAAAACGGUGCAACUUUAUUGGAGUGGGGAAUUGAGUUUGUAUGUAAUAGUUCGGUGGAUUUUAACUUUAUUUCAAAAUAUUCAAGACUUAUAGAAUCUGUUCAGAGAGAAAAUUGCAGUAUAAGAUAUAGUCCAAGUGAUUUGAUGAAAGUUCAGGAAUGUAGCACUACAGUUAACACCAUCAGUCGCUGCAACAUGACCGGGUUGUGGGUAAAAUACGACCCUGGCAUAGACUGGGCAUGCUCAAAUUAUUACCAGCACUCUGGACUCUUCGAGAACAUCUUCUGUCGACUUUGUAAUCCUUCAAAUGCCUCAGUAGGGAAUGAUGAAUCUUUAAUAUCAGUUUGUAACCACACUGGGCUUUGGCAAAGCUUCGACAAGGAAGUUGAAGACGGCUGUUUAUCAAGUUCACGAUCACACGUGUCAUACCCUUUUAAAAAUGUCUUUUGUUGGAUAUGCAACACUGGCUCAAAAACAACGCCAUAUAAAGAGAUGAACGGAUACAUUUCAGAAAUUCUUGAAGAGCACGGAUAUCGUUAUCAGUUCAACAUGACUAGCUUUUCAAAGGAGUAUGUAUCGAAACUUAAACAAAUGGCAAUAACAAAAACAUCAGGGAGUUACCCCAAUAUGAUUUGGAGAAAUGGCCAAUGGAUAAAUAAAUCUAGCCUUGUUGCGCAAUAUCAGGCUGUGACAGGCAAAAGCACAUGUGAUAAAACGAUUGUUACGAAUUGUGUUUGCGAUCCAUCGUGUUUUGAGGACGAUUCUAAAGAUUGUUGCAUAGAUUUCCUUCUAGAUUUCAACAUGGAUUUUCCGGUAUUCAAACAUUCACAGACCAAUCCAAAACAGAGUUCCCUGACAAUUUCGUCAUGUAACAUUAACAAUACGUUUACUGAUGAAUGCCUUAACCCUUCAGAUGACUUCAUGGGAAUAUUUCCUUUGACCGAUAUGUCAGAAAAUCUACAUUAUAGAAAUAUCUAUUGUUACCUUUGCAACACAAACAAUCUUUCGAACUUCAACUCGAUUUUACCAUGGAAUAUGACCAUAAAGAGUCCAGAAUUAUUAGAUAUCCAAUUUUACACUUCAAUUAUGGAUGUACUGGAUUUUGUAUCCCGCAAAGAACACGAGAUUAUUCUUGCUCCCCAUAUUACCCCUUGGCAAAAAAGACAAAAAUUGGGACCAGACAGGAGCGCCUGUAACAAAACUGGUCUUUGGAAGACUUAUGAUUCUGAUGUGUCGUGGGCUUGCAACUCACUUCAUCUUCCAAAUGAAAUUUAUCGCGAUACAUUUUGUGAAAUAUGUAAUCCUGACAAAAAUAUCCCGAGCAUAAGGAAAGCAUGCAAUAUCACAAAAGUCUGGGACCUCUUGGAUUAUAAUAUAAAAACUGCCUGUUCCGUUUUCCCAGAAAUGACCACAGCCUUUCCCUAUAAGAACAAGUUUUGUAUAUACUGCAAUUCUGAAUCGUCGACUUACUUGGUCUCAACUACCCAAAGUCCAAAGGAGAGCGAGACGAACAGUGAGUUAAACACAGCGUCUCUUCGCGACAUAUUUGGAGUGUUUCGGGGGAAAGAGGAGACCACAUGCAGUCAUCUUCACUUUAAAACUCAAGCGGGAGAUUGUCGGAAACUAAGGUGCUAUCCUGGAAAAAUUCUUACUAAAGAGGGUUGCAUUCCGUUACUUCCCGUGACAAAAAAUUUAAACUAUUCGAUUCACUUCAGUUUAGGCUUAGCCAACAAUAUUUCAGUUACACAGAAUGCCAUGGAGAUUCUAGUUGAAGAAGUAACAUCAGUCAUAAAGUCCAUAUUAAAUGUUACAAACGUGAAAUUCCUUUCAAAAGUAAAACUAUUUACUUCAAAUCACAACUUUACAUUAACAAUUGGGACCAAUUUCUUUGUAGAAGAUAUGAUUCCGAGGUUAAAAUCGGAAAUAUUGCUCAUGUCUCUUCGAAAAAAUCCGAAAAAAUUCUUGCAGAUCAAAAAUGUGCAUUUCUUGGAGCCCAACUUAACAAACUUUGUUUCUGAGCAAAACACUUCGACUAUAGAGAUUGGAACACCAAUGAUUUCUACUCAAAAUGUAACAAUAUAUCGUCACGUGAUAAUUUCCUCUCUGAUCAUGUGUAAGCAAGUUGAACUAUUUAAAGAUGAAAUAAAAAUCCUUGAUAUCAAAACAAGGAGGAUUAGAAUUCUCAAUUCCAUGGCCGAAUUAGAUGAAAGCGAAUAUUACGUGACGGAAAACGGGGCCUAUGCUGUUUGUGUGGAUGUUUACUGCGCCGAUUCUAGUUGUUCAGAGGUUCCAACAACAGAAUCUGACCUUGAGAAGGCACUGCGUAUCUUCACGAUUGUGUGCACUGUUCCGUCUCUACUUUGCCUCAUAGCCACCUUUAUCCACUACUGUCUCUUCAAGAGACUAAGGACGACACCCGGAAUCCACUUCAUGUCUUUGACAGUUUCUCUCUUUUUCUCACAAUUUUUCUUUCAGUUCUUCCUUCGUAAAAAUUUCCAAAAUGACUCCAGUUGUCAGGCUAUGGGCAUGAUCAUUCACUUUUGGUGGCUUGCAACGUUCUGUUGCUAUGCGUUGAACGGAUAUUUGAUGUUUAUGACUUUCAGGGCCAAUGUUGAUUUUCACUCCUCAGAUCAGAGGAUCAGCAAAAGAUACUUCCUUUUCUCAUAUGGUGUUCCACUUGUUGUGGUUUUUUUCACGUUCGUUGUCAAUUUGUUGUCUUCGGGAGAUAUCGGUUAUGGUACAGAUUCCGUUUGUUUCCUCAACAACACUGUGUCUCUGAUUGUUUCAUUUUUGUUGGUUAUUGGAAUAGUCUGCGUUUGCAACAUUGCUUUCUUUAUCUUCGUCGUUUACAAACUCUUUAAAUACAAAAAACAACAACAGUCACUGGGUAUUAACAAAAACGACAUGAACAUGAUAUUCAUUUUCUUCAAACUGUUUUUCAUUUCCGGUUUGUCAUGGAUCUUUUUUAUAAUUGACGCAAUCAUUCCAGAACUGACACUUUUCUCGUUCUUUGUUACAUUUGUAAACUGUCUACAAGGCGUCCUGGUGUUUUUGCUCGAAGUCUGCAAGAAGAAAUCCAGGGAAAUGUAUAAGGAUUUCAAGAACUACAGAAAACAAGGCCGGCCCCGCCAGUUAUUUUCAUCCAGCAAGCAGAGUGUGUUGAGAGAAGCAUCCAGGCGAGCCUCGCGGUCCGGAAGUGACGGGUCCGUGAAUCCCGUCUUCUCAAGCAUCGAGGAAGACGUCGGUACAACCACGAGCUCAAUAAUAUAAAGACGCUCGUAUUUGAAAGAAUUGUCAUGAAAAGCGGAUAUCAGAAUUACCUCAAACUUGAGUUAUUAACUUGUAUGUUAUAUUAAAGACUCAAAUCGUCAUGAGGAGAGCUAUUCCUUUAAGUUUUCCCAGAUAAAAAGACCAUAUAAAAGAGCACAUGUGACUACCUCAUUAAUAAAUUCCCUUAUAAAAGUUAUGUUGUUCUUCAUUUUGCCAAGUUUGAUUUUAAAAUACUAAAUCUUUUUAAACCACUCCGAUUUCUUCAAGGUCCAGUGUAUGGAAUGAAUUUUGAUUUAAUAUUUUUAAUAAUGAAUAACGAUAGUCAUUAUCGUACUAUACUAUACUUCAUUGUAUACAGUUUAACUUAUAACAACUUUGUUUAUUUUUUAUUUCAUUAAAUUGUUCAUUGCAAAUGAAAUCAGUUGUAACUUGUUAUAUAUGUUGAAUCAAUAAAUGUUUUUGUGGUUUUA